UGCAUUUAGACUACAACUCCCGACCGGCUGAGUGCUUGGCAGCCGCCCUAUCGAAUAUCCGGUAGGAAGGCAGAAUAGAGUCGGGGGGCUGAAGCAGCUUGCCAGGGGCUCUGCGGGCAGCAGGAGGAGGAGGAGGAGGGGGACUCGGGAGCCGUCAUGAUUCGCUUUAUCCUGAUUCAGAACCGGGCUGGCAAAACCCGCCUGGCCAAGUGGUACAUGCAGUUUGAUGAUGACGAGAAGCAAAAGCUGAUCGAGGAGGUGCAUGCAGUGGUCACCGUCCGAGAUGCGAAGCACACUAAUUUUGUGGAGUUCCGCAACUUCAAGAUCAUCUACCGGCGUUAUGCUGGGCUCUAUUUCUGCAUCUGCGUGGAUGUGAACGACAACAACUUAGCUUACCUCGAGGCCAUUCACAACUUUGUGGAGGUUCUGAAUGAGUAUUUUCACAACGUCUGCGAGCUCGACCUGGUCUUCAACUUCUACAAGGUCUACACGGUGGUGGAUGAGAUGUUCCUCGCUGGAGAAAUCCGGGAAACCAGCCAGACGAAGGUGCUGAAGCAGCUUCUGAUGCUGCAGUCGUUGGAAUGAUCUGUGGGGGCGGGGCUUGUCCACGGCCUCGUUGGGGGUCCUUCUCCUCUUCAGACCCUGCCGCUUCCUGCCAGCCCCACCUCUCUUCCUUUCCGGCGCCCCAAAUCAGAGACUUGCUCCCCCCAUAACCCAGAGCUGAAGGCUGGCAGGGAGCAAGCGUUUUUGGGGAAGGGGUCUGCAUUGGAGUAUCUCCUCUGUUGCUCCCCCCCUGCCUGGAAAGUGGGGUCCCUGUGGAAGAGGGAGAGCUGGCAGGUUAGGCUCGCUUCUUUGCUCAAAAGGGGGGAGGGUUGAAGAGGAGAGAGAGCUCCUUCUCCCACCCACCCACCCGCCUUGCCAUUUGAUCUCCCACUGCUCUCCACUCUCCCUGUUGUUGGUCUGCUGCCCCCUCCCCAUCUGGCCAUCCACGUCAACAUCUUGUGCUGCUGCAUCUGCAGAAGAGGGACCACGUCUUUUGUGCGUGUGUGUGUUUGAGUACGUGUGAGUGUGAGUACAGGCACCUGUAAUAAGUGGAUUUGAGCAAUUCGACUGCCAGUAAAGUGAUGUCUUGAAAUAAACCAUCCAUCCAACACUAGAAAGGGAGGAAGUUGCUCAUUUAAAUCCUGGCCUGUUUCUGGAGGAACAAUGCAGCGCUGCUUCCCCAGCCCGUGUUCGCUUCGAUUAAUCUAACAAAUCCAAUUAAUUGUG